UUCACUGUGCUGAUCUAGAUUUUAUGUUCAUUCGUCUGAAAGCAAAGAUCCCCAAAUGCCCAUUUCCCAGAACAUCUUCGAAAUCCAAAAUCUAGCACAAAUUUUACUUUUGUGAUAAUCAGUAAACCCAUAUGCUCAAAAUUCAAUCUUUGAAUCAAAACGCACCCAAAAAAAAUUACAAUUGUUUCAAAUAGCUUGAAACAUUGUUGCUAUGGGAGCUGAAAAGAAAUGGUUUUUCACUUUCUUCUCCACAACGUUUCUCUCCCUUCUCCUCCUCUUACUUUACUCGAUAUCAGCUUUCAGCUCCCCUAGACCUUUCUUUUCACUUGUCCAACGCGGACCUCAUUGUCCUCCGGCAUUUGGGUACUAUAUAUUUGGUGGAAAAGGUGAUAAAGAUCGGAUCUUUAGGCUACUGCUUGCUGUCUAUCAUCCCAGGAAUCGGUAUUUGUUGCAUCUUGGAGCAGAGGCUUCUGAUGAGGAAAAGUAUAGGUUGACCCUGGCUUUGAAAUCCGUACCCGCUAUUAGGAGCUUUGGGAAUGUGGAUGUCAAAGGGAAGCCUGAUCGGUUUUCUUAUAUGGGUUCUACGCAUAUUGCUGCCACGUUGCACGCUGCUUCUGUUUUGAUGAAGGUUGAUCGUGGCUGGGAUUGGUUUAUUACUUUGAGUGCUUUGGAUUACCUCUUGGUUACUCAAGAUGAUUUGUCUCAUGUAUUCUCCUCGGUUAGGCGGGACCUCAAUUUCCUUGAUCAUACUAGUGACCUUGGGUGGAAAGGAGGUCAACGGAUCCAGCCUAUUGUAGUUGAUCCAGCGAUUUACCUAGCUAGGAGGACCGAAUUUUUUCAUGCUACCGAGAAACGACCAAUGCCGGAUGCUUUUAAAAUAUUCACAGGCAAAGUCUAUUACCAAUGUUGGUCUGUUGUGUAUGCUUAUUAUUUACAUUUUGGUAUUGAAUUCAGGCUCCCCAUGGGUCAUCUUAAGCAGAUCCUUCUGAUGUAUUUCAACAAUGUUAUGUUAUCUGAAGAAAGCUAUUUCCAUUCCGUCAUAUGCAAUUCCCCAGAGUUCAAGAACACCACCGUAAACAGUGAUUUAAGAUAUAUGAUCUGGGACAAUCCUCCAAAGAUGGAACCCCACUUCCUCAAUGUUUUGGAUUAUGAUCAAAUGGCUCAAAGUGGAGGAGCAUUGGCAAGACAGUUUAAAAAACACGAACCUCUGUUGGACAUGGUUGACAAAAAGAUCCUCAAGCGUAAUGGACGAAACCAAGUUGCCCCAGGGGCUUGGUGCACCGGCCGGAAUAGCUGGUGGUCGGAUCCUUGCACGCAAUGGGGUGAUGUAAACGUCCUAAAGCCUGGACCUCAGGCGAAGAAGUUACAAGAAACCAUAACAAACCUUCUCGAUGACUGGAGUUCACAGUCUAAUCAAUGCACGUGAAGGAAACUGUGAACUAGAAGGUGAAUAUUUCGGAUACUCGAAGCCAUUCUUGUUGCUUCUGGGUUCCAUCGAAGGUUCAAAAGUAUACCAUCGAAUGAGAUUCUUUCUCGGGCGUCUGUAAGACUAAUUUUUUAGGGUUCCUUAAUUCACAGGCUAAGAUUUUAAAGCAAGUGAAUUGAGUUGGUAGGUUAAGGGGUUAGUAUUUAAUGAUGAAAAGCCACACCAGAAGACUCUUCAAUAAGGA